GUUCAGAUCUUCCAAGAGCUGAAGAGCAAGGAGUUCAGUGAGACGUUUCGGAAGAUCAUCUCGAGGAAAGAUGGGAUUCGCUCCUUUGGAGGAAUGUCAAGAAAAUCCAGCGAGGGGACACAGCACUCCUACUCUGAUGAGGAAAAGGUGGCUUUUGUCAACUGGAUCAAUAAAGCUUUGUCCAAAGACCCAGACUGCCAACAUCUGCUGCCCAUGAACCCAGACGAUGAGAGCCUCUUCGCCUCGGUCCGUGACGGCAUCUUGUUAUGCAAAAUGAUCAACCUGUCCCAGCCUGACACCAUCGACGAAAGAGUCAUCAACACCAAGAAACUAACCACCUUCACAAUGACAGAGAAUCUGGUGCUGGCGCUGAACUCGGCCUCUGCGAUCGGCUGCACGGUGGUGAGCAUCGAUGCCCAUGAUCUGAUGGCUGGGAAACCCCAUCUGGUCCUGGGACUGUUCUGGCAGAUUAUCAAGGUUGGCCUGUUUGCUGAUAUAGAAAUCAGCAGGAACGAAGGAACACUUCAUUAA